AAUAUACAGCAAGAGAUUGGUAUUGCUGAAAGGGCUGAAAGUUAAAGCCUGCGUUCGAAAACACCAAGCGUUGCCAAUGGCAACGCACAAGAAGAGGGCGGUAGUACUCCGCACGCAGCCCGCUGCAUCCAGCUGAUCUACUGAGCCAGCUGCAGCAUCUGAUUUCCCCGUCAUCUCGCAUCAGCCGGAAGCAAAGGACACCCACCUGCCGACUCCGCUGACUCCGAGACAUUGACAAGACAUCUUCCUCAACCCCGCGUUUCGAGAGGUCAUUGAUUCCAUCAGGAAGUUUUAUUAUGGUCUCAACUGAACCAGUUCGACCAUCGCGCCUCGCGUGCCAAAGCUUGCACCGGCUCGUGGCACCUGACGAACAUGUGCGAGUCCGGGAGCGAGUUGGCAGAUAACUGCUGGAAAAAGCAGUUUACAGAGCUGUGCGGCUUGCUUUCAAGUGGGCAUCCAGUCAAUCAAAUAGAUGGGUCUGGUUUAACUCCACUUCAGAUUUGUGCAUCGUUGGGUUGGUCGAAGGCAGUCUUGUUACUGUUAAAAUAUGGAGCUGACGUUCAUGCCACCUCCCCUCUUGGUUGGACAGCUCUUAUGCAAGCUGUGGCCAAUGGGCAUACAGACACCUCAAGGAUAUUACUCAGUGCGGGAGCCAGAAUAUCUGACCAAAACUUUUAUGGUUGGGAUGUAGUGUCUCUUGCUGUGACGAGUCAAGAUGAAACAUUGCUUGAGAUUUUGACCUCCAUGCCCAUAGCGCACAACUUGAAUCCAGCACUGGCUACUGCAUGUCAACAAGGAAAGGUUCAGGCUGUCAAGCUUUUGCUUGGGAGAGGGGUAGAUGUUAAUGGAACACUACCAAUUUCAGGUAUGACACCCUUAAUGCUGGCUGCUAGUGGAGGACAUGUGGACAUUGUAGACAUACUCCUCAGUUUUGGAGCCAACCCACACAUUUUAAACUCUUCAAACUUGACUGCAUUUGACUGUGCUAUGAUUAGUGGGUAUAAUGACCUCAGUUCAAUCCUCUCUUUCCAUACCACACCUAAACUAAAAAUAAGUCCUACCUUUUCUAUCGAUUUAUGCCCUACACUUAAAAAAAUUGACAUGAUAUCUGAUGUAAAUUGUGAUGUCAACAAGCUGAACUUGCAUCCAUGCACACCAAUGUGUCAAAGUCCCAGCUUGUCAGAAAACUCAAAUUUUUUCAAUUUUAUAUCUAAUAGCACAACACCAACUGAACAGUUUUGUAGUGCUAAUGGGACAGCCCUACAUCCCUGUACUCCUAAGAGUCUAACUCCAGGUUUUCUACCCCACAGUCCUCAAUUUUUCAAAUUUCCCCCAAGUCCCAGGUACAUGUGUCCAGCUGGCUGCCUGCCAUGCUCACCCUGUCCACCAGCAUCAUCUGGAUAUUAUACACAAAACUUCCAUCCCUACAUAAGUCCAUCUUUUUCUCCAAACCCCAUGGUGCCUCCUUGGAUGUUCACUCACAGUCAAAAGCAUAACAAAACGGGACCCAAACUAAAAGUAAAGGGGUCCAAGAACAUGUUUAGUUGGUGGAAACGGUUAAAAGCAAGAUACAAAAAGAAAAAGUUGAAGAAACAAAUUAAAGUUUAUGUUACUUUUGAUGAAAAAACUUCUGACAGCCAACUAGAAGCUCUUCUGCGCUCAUUAAACUUGGAUUUCCUCCUGCCACUGAUGAAUAGUCAUGAGAUGGAUGUAGAGACUUUUAUGCACCUAACAGAACUUGACUUAGAAGAAUUGGGUAUAGCUGACAAGGGGCUGAAGAAUCUAAUUUUGCAAAACAUCACAAGUUUAAAGAGCAACAUAGCAUACAACGCAUUACAACAUCAGCGCAUAUAAUGACAUUGAUGUUGAAAUUUGUUUUUAGAUGAGAUUUUAACUAGACUUUCAAUUUUAGUAAUGCUUUGACAGCAAUAAAAUAUUUUUACACUAGACAA